AUGGGCAUACGACGGGUGAGUCCGUCGAAUGGUGCUAGAAUUGGCCGCUUGACCUCACGGAAAUUUCUACCGCGAAUCAGCAUUCCACGCACGCCCUGCUGCUGGAACGGCGGGUCGUGCGGGGUCGCAUUGGACGAUGUCACGCCAGCGGGUAUCUUGAGGCACCUGAAGGCGUUCCACAGCGGGGGGCAGCCGUGGAACGGCAAGGCUCGUGACAUGUGCCGCUGGGGAGACAUGUGCGAGAACGGGGAGAUGAACCUAGAUAGCUUCGGGAAGCAUGUCGCCUGCGUGCAUCUGCGAAGCACGGCGCGGCCGUGCAGCACCUGCGGGAGGGAAUUCGCUAGACCCGACACUCUGGCGCGCCACAUAUCUGGCGGCUGCCCCGGGGCUUGA